CCUUCUCUCAUAUCUCAACCCGUUUCUUGCGUCUGAGUACCGACGUCUCUUGGCGGACGCUGCUCUACCGUCUACGUUUUGGUAGACCACUGUGUAAUGAAUGCGGUCGCAGGCCUGAUUGGCGCGAACUUGCAGUCCUCCUGGCACGGCAUACAGGCCGAUGUCAGCGAGCAGCUUGCAAAGGUGGGGCGUUCUUAGAUCUGGGCAGCGGGGAAGUGCCAAAGAUGGUGGAUACUCUUACUGAUUCGAGCGUUUUCCGCUUCCACCCUUUGCAUUUCACAGUUCACGGGCACCCUCAAAGCACGCCUCGUGAUUCUACCCCUGGUGCCAUGCUCGGACCAGGCGACGUGACACGAACCGAUCUUUCAGCCUCUGUUACACAUAACAGCGAGCUGGCAACUGAGACUGAGCCACUUCCGGCAUACACUCUCACUCUGCCGCGCUUGCUCCAGGCGCACCUGCCUUUCCCGUCCUGGGUAGGGCGAGCGGAGGCGUCUCUGCUUGCUCAUACCGCGCAAUACGGCCCAACACAGCGGUACGCUCCGCUGUGUCAUCACCCGAACGCAAGCUGUACGCUUGCAACUGUUCCUCCUUCAAAGGAGCUCAAGCUGCCUUUCCGCAUUUUGGGACAGAGGAGGAUUGUUGAAGUGCGGAACCAGGAGGGCGUCACGUUGCUCGAUCUUUCUCGAGCACUUGUUGACACUGUGCUAGCGGAGCCAGAUAAUACCGUGUACAACACGGUGAUGGAGACGUACGGAGCGCGAGACGACAUCGUCUCAUUCGGGCUAGUGACCUCCCUACGUGACCGGGGUUUCAUGAAUGACCACGAGUGGCCACUUAUCGAGUUGCUAGAUGAAUACGACUAUGGCGACGCGGACGCGUCGUGGGAUGGGUAUUGGAUGUGGGUUGAUCACGCGAAAGGAGCGGUAAAGUGAUUGCAAGACUGGACUCAUUCAUGAUCGGUUCGAUUUAGUCGUCAAGGGAUCCUAGGGAAAUAUGGUAAAAUGUGCUCAUUUGUGAGCCGAGUUCCAUUUCGUUUGAUCCUGUUCUUUUGUAUUACAUUGAAUGUGCUGUCUGCCUGUAUUGCUAAGUUUAA